GGGACUUCCUUCUGAGUUGCACUGGGAUGGCAGGCUGCUGCUGGGCUGACACGUAACUGAAGUUAAAGGUGCUAUGGAGGCCUCGUCGGGAACUUGAGGUUUUAAUUUCCCAUACGCUUUAAAUUUCGUCGGAAAAGUUAACUUCUGCAAGGGGAAACAAAGACGCAAGAGGGAGUCUUCAGCCUCGCUUUGUCCUGCAUUUCAGCAACGCGGAUCUGGAGUUUGACGUGAAGUGAAGCGAAAAUCUGAGCGGCUACUUUGAAGUCACAGGGGAGAGUCGCGAGUGGAUGUGGCUAUUGGGAAAUAAUGUAGGUUAGGCUAUACAUCGGCAAAUAUUAGCACUUAACACGUAUUUUAUUUUGGGAAAUGCUUGGUGAGUGAGGGGAGAAGGGCUUCUUCGAUCUUCACCAGGAGGUAAAAGUUGAGUCGGAAGUUUCCAGCACCAGAGAAGGGGUUUUCUCGGGCAUUCAGCGGGGAGGGGUGCGGGUCCAACAUGGGAAGCGGGGUGUGCUCCCGGAGGCAGCGGAAGAUCUUCCAGUGUCUCCUGCUGGUCACCGUGGUCUGCGGGAUAAUGUACGGGGGGAUGAUAUCGUACGAGAUGCACAAACAGCUCAAGAGGACUGAGGCAAUGGCACUAAAGUACCAGCAACAUCAAGAGUCACUUUCUGCGCAGCUCCAAGUGGUGUACGAGCACCGGUCCAGGUUAGAGAAGUCUCUUCAGAAGGAGAGGUUAGAGCACAAAAAGGCCAAAGAAGAUUAUCUGGUUUAUAAACUCGAUGCACAACAGUCACUGAACAAGGAGAAGCAAGACUCCAGCAGCAGAUUCAAUUCUCUACAAGUGCAACAUCAAAUGCUAAAGAACCAACAUGAUGACCUGAAGAAGCAGUAUUACAAUCUGGUGGAGCAGCACCAGGUCCAGAGCGAGGACCACAACCGGCUGCUGGACCAACACAAAGAGCACUAUGAGAAACUGCAGCAAAACAAAGAGCUGGAAAUCUCCCACCUCAAAGAUAAUGUAUAUAACCUGAAAGAGGAAAAUAAACAGCUGAGGAAAGCCCACCAUGAAAUUCACACUCAGCUACAGGAUGCACAGGUUCAGCACCAGGACCUGAAGACAGCCCACAACCAGCUUGCACUGACACUGGAAGACCACAAGAGUGCGCUGGCUGCAGCUCAGUUGCAGGUGAAUGAAUACAAGCAGCUGAGAGACUCCCUGAACAGGAUGCCAAAUGUGAGACAGCCUGAAUUAAACCCUGCACCCCAGCAGCCGCAAGCUGCUACCAUAACACCCGAGUCCCAGCAGGCCACAGUACUGAAACACCCAGACAAAGGGGAUCCUGCCCAUGAGGACAAUCAGCAUGACCACCAGGACACAGAGUCCAAGUUGGACCACAAAGGGAAGGAGAUACAUGCCCAGUCUGAGAUUAAGUCCCAGCCCACCAUAUUACAGCACACCUUGUCAGACAAAGAGGAGGAUGGAGAGGGAGAAGCUGAGAGGAAGAGGGAGCUGGCAGAGGAGGAGAUGGCUCAAGCAGGACAGCCUCAGAAGCUGGAGGAGGACCCGGACCAACCACAGGAGGAAGAGGAGGAUCUUGAACAGGAACAGCCGGACGAGAACGCCUUGGACCAGCAGAGACGCCAGCCGCAACUGGGCCCCCAUCCAGAGCUGCAUCAGGACAGCCACCCAAAGAACGAGGCGCCCGCCCAAGGAGAACGCAUGAAGUCGGCCUACGAGCAGCAGCAGGAGCAGCAGCGCCUGGAGGCUCAAAGGGCCGAGGAGCGCAGGCAGAUGCAGCUGCGCCAGGAGGCCCUGCAGCUCCAGAGAGACAAGGGGCUGAAGGAGAGGGAGCAGAGGCUGCUGCAGGAUCAGGAGAGAGAGCAGCGGCAGCACAGGGAGGCCGACAGACGGGAGCAGCUGCUGAGAGAGGAGCACCAAAGGAAGAGGACCGAGUAUGAGAACAUGGACAACGACAUUGUUCAAGGAGAAGAGGACCAACACACAGACGAUGAAGAUGCUCACAUGUUACAUGAGGAGGAGGAGGAGAAUCAGGAAGUAGAUCACAGAGUGCCAUCACAUCAGCAGGUUGCAGGAGUUGGUGAGGUUGACCCUGAAGACGACCCCAACAACCAAGGAGAGGACGAGUUUGAGGAGGCCGAGGAUGAUCGGCCGCAGCACAGGGUUGCAAGAGAGGAGGAGGAGGAGGAGGUGGUGGUAGAGGAGGAAGAGGAGCCGGCUGCGCCAGCCCAGCACAAAGACCCCAAACAACCUGCUGUGGAAGAGGAACUGGUGAUGGCUGGAAACCCAGAUCAACAGGAAGACACGCUGGACGAUCAGUACCAGGAGGAAGUAGAGGACGAGGCCCAGGAAGACAUAGCUGAUGGGCAUAAGAAAGUGGACGAGGUGGAGGAGGAUACAUAUAACGAGGAGAACAUAGAACAGGACGAUGUAAAAAAACAGGAGAGACCAGGACGGGAGGGGGACCACAGAAAAGAGGCAGAGAAUAACGAGGAAGAGAAUUACGAAGAGGAAGAAGAGGAAGUAGAGGAGGAUACGGGUGGUCAAGUAAAAGGAACUAACCGGAGAGCAGAGAUGUAAGACGGAUGCAGACUUGGACAAGUUGCAGUGUCUCUUCGGCAUCCCAUAGAGGCUAUCAGAUCUUCUUUACCUUGUUUCCCAACGGAAUAAAUUCAGCCCUCCGUUCAGAAUUCCAAUUAGGAAAAUUGGGAUAUUAAACCUGGAAGAUGGGAUGCUCUUCCAAACACUGUGGGAAUGGAACUCAGCAGUUUACACUGUGGAAAUGGACAGAAUCUGUAAAUCUGAAAUGGGAUGUAUACUGUAUAUGUUUUUUUAAAUUCAUUUUCUUUUCUGUCUACUCGCACAUCUGCCUGAUUGCCUGUAUGGUUCUGUUUUUUUAACAGCAGACAGAGAAUGUAUUUCUAUCAUGUGCUGUCUUUGAGUAUGUGUAAAAAAAAAGCAAAGAUAAAUUAUGUUAUUCUGAUGUCCUAAUGUUCAGGCCUUUAUACGUAUGUUUUAUGCAAACACUUGUAUUCUUUGUAGAUCUCAAAUUGUAAUUCAUAUCUUGCAUUCCAAUCGAUCAAGUCGAUUUCUGUUAUUUAUUGUUGAUUGGAACACCUCUGACAAUCUUAAAAAAAAAGAAAAGAAAAUGCAACAUUACUUUUUUUAUUUCCCCGACUGAACUAGUUUCUCAUAAUGGCUUUCUACCAAGUUUUUAAGCUGACACACAGGAGUAUUUCCACUGGAUAGAUUUAGCAAAAAGACAUUUCUGGUGAAGCCAUUGUAGGCUGAAAGUGUCACACUGACAUGUGCCUUUCCAUUCUUGGAAACCUAUUCUACAUCUGAGUCAUUUUACAUUUGUAAAAUCAUUUCAAUAGGUCAGGAGAGAUAAGAGCAUGCCAUUUAGUGCUAAACCUCUUGCAUACAGCUCCAGCAUAGCCUUAAAUGGAGGGCUAUUUUAUGUUAACUGCUAGUAUGAAUAAAAUUCACCAACCUGAUGCAGUUUACUGCAACGUCUUUAGUCUACUGUACUAUGUAUAGUAAAACAAAUGCUGAGAAUUUGUAUGUUUUUUUCCACCAGUUAUAUUUGAUACAAAUAAAGUGGGAUUUUGAUUGUAUU